AUGGAGGAGAAUAAGACAUUGGUGACAGAGUUUGUUCUUACUGGGCUUACAGAUCUCCCUGAACUUCAGAUCCCUCUCUUCUUGGUAUUCCUAAUGAUCUAUCUCACUACCAUGAUUGGGAAUAUUGGACUAAUUGUACUUGUUUGGAUGAACUCUCAUCUUCACAUCCCCAUGUAUAUAUUCCUCAGUAACUUAGCUUUUUCAGAUGCAAUGACUUCUUCUUCAGUAACCCCUAAGAUGAUGGUGAAUUUCUUAAGUAAGAAUAAAAUUAUAACGCUUUCAGAAUGCAUGACCCAAUUUUAUUUUUUUGGUGGCAGUGCAAGCACAGAAUGUUUCCUGUUAGCAGCAAUGGCAUAUGACCGAUAUGCCGCCAUAUGCCACCCUCUCCUUUAUCCAGUGAAGAUGUCUAAUAGACUGUGUAGACAGCUGGUCAUUGCUUCCUAUACACUUGGCUUUCUUAAUCUCAUGAUCCAUGUGGUUUUAUUAGUUAGAUUAACUUUCUGCAAGUCAAAUAUAAUACAUCAUUUCUUUUGUGAAAUUUCACCAUUGUUUAGGAUUUCUUGUACUGAUCCAUCUCUUAAUUCACUUGUGGUUUUCAUUUGCUCUGUCAUUUUACAGUCUUUCACUCUUAUGACAAUCUUAGUUUCAUACACAUAUGUCCUCCUUGCCAUCCUGGGAAUUAAAUCUGAACAAGGUAGAAGCAAAGCCUUCUCCACUUGUAGUGCACAUCUCUUCUCUGUGUCUUUAUUUUAUGGCACACUUUUAAUAAUGUAUGUGCUUCCAGGAUCUGAUGUUGCCAACAAUCAAAACAUGAUGUACUCUUUAUUUUACACGGUAAUAAUCCCUCUAUUAAAUCCAUUUAUCUACAGUUUGAGAAAUAAAGAAGUUUUGGGGGUACUGAGAAAAAUAAUAAUAAAAAAAUAA